AUGUUGGAUGGUCCUCUCGAGUUGGAAACCAAAGUCACCGAUAUGAUGGAGCUGUCUCACGAGGUUCCAGAGAAGUGGAGUUUCAUGAACAAAAAGGGCAAAGUCGUGAAGAGAAAGACCGUGGUUGUCAAAAAGAAGGAUCCAAAGUCCUGUCACCUUCCAACACGCUCCCAGGCGUACUCCCUGGCUGCGUACAAAAUGGGCCUUGGAUUAAACUUUGCCUGCAAAGCGGAGGAUACCGUGGUCAUCCCUGAAGCGCCACUCUCGGAGGAUGAGGAUGCUAUGUCCAAGUGGGAGGACAAUGGCAAGAGGCAACUGGGCUGUAUCAGGACGACAGAAGAAGAAACCUUUUUGGAGUGGGGUUUAUACGCCAAGCUAAAACUCAUAGUUGAAACAAAGAACGGCAAACGCACUGUCAAGCUGCCAGACAACAAGACCUACGACCUUGACGAAGAGCCCAAGGAUGUUGAUGUCGAAGGCUGGGUCAUAGAUGCCUUCAACGAAGAAAGCCGAAUGAAGAUCGGCAACCUCAGCAAGGGCCGGCAGAGAAUGCUGCUAAGUGCGGCCCAAUCGCAACUUGCCGUGGCAACUUCGCUUUAUGACUCAGACAUCCUCAUGGCGGCCGUCCUAGGUCUUCAAGCCAAAGGCUCUGUGGGUCUUAUCACGCCCGAUGUCCCCGACGAGUACGUCCUUUUGGCACGUUGCAUCGUUGCACCUCGGCGGGUCCUCGCCUGGCUUACCCUGGAGAGUGACGGAUAG